GCCGGCUCUGGCGGUGUAGCGGGACGGGAUUGGCCUGGCUGGCUCUCGCUGAGGCCGUGUGGGGGCCCAGGCUUUGGUGCCGGGGCCCGGCCUGGAGGAGGCGGCAAUGGGUCAAGAAGCUGGCAAACCUGCCUGGCCCAAACCAGCCGGAGGAUAUCAGACCAUUACAGGGAGAAGAUAUGGAAGAAGACAUGCGUAUGUCAGUUUUAGACCAUCUUUGAUGAAUCAAGACAGAAAUUCAAGCCAACAGAAUGGAGAAUGUGAAGGAUUAGAAUUAGACAAUGUUCAAAAAGAGAAGUCUUUAUGUCCCAAUCCAUUGGUUCAAGUUUGUUCUGCUUUAUCAGAUGAACCUUCAUUACAGAAUGAUGGAUCUGAAGUUCCUGUUUGUAGAACUGUUUUGAGGCAAACUGUCGAAACAAACACAUCACCAUUUUCUCCAGUAUACUACCAUCAGGAAGGCAAUCAAACCUCAAGGAGCAGUAUGAAUCCUGAUAAAAUUCCUGAGGACUGUGCAGAGUAUACUUCUGGCGAGUGUAGUGAUCGGAAUAGUCAGAAUGGAAUUGCUUUUGUAAACAUUGACUCCUAUGAGCCAGAUAGCAGUGAUGGAGAGGAUGAUGGUGGACAAGUUGAUUUUUCGUUAGCAAAAGAGGAAGCAGGCUUAUUUCAGGAAACACUGGAUCACAUGCUUUCUGAGUUGGAGAAGGAGGUAGAGUCCUUCAAUGGCAUACAGUCACGAUUGUCUACUUUUAAUCAUAAUGCUUCCAGAGAAGUUUUUGAAGAACAAGGACCAGUGCCUUCAAUGAGAUAUUAUAGCAUAGACUCAGAUCUUGGCCAUCGAAAUAAUAGGACAUUUAAAAAAUCACCUGCUGAAGAGAAAGCUAUAGGAAAAAAUAACUUAAGUGGUAGUGCCAGUUGUGAAACACAACCGAGAAAAAUUAUAGCUGAUGUUGCUGUCAGGACCCCUGUAGGGAUUUGUAAUGAACUGAAUACCAGUGAUGGCAAGACUGACCAAGGAAAUUCACCUGAACUUGUAGUGAGACCUAAAGUUAGAAAACAAAAUGCUACAAACCCGUUGGAUAGAAAAAAACUUACUAGUGAUGACGAGGAGAAAAGCAGUACUAGAAGAAGGAGUGAAAUUUUCCAAGCCCAGCAAGGCACUGCAGAACAUGCCUUGAGAAAUAGCAAAGAAAAAAUGAAUUCCAGUAUGUUCUUUGACCCAAGAGACUACGAAGGUACUCAAAAGAAAACAGAAAAUGAUCUAAAAAGUAAUGUAACCGGCCAAGAAAGAACAUGUGUAGUAGAUGAUAGUGCUUUCUGGGAUGAAUUUGAAGAUUGCAGCAGGCAUUUACCUGGUUCAAACAAAGAUGAAGACAGUUCUGAAUGCAGUGAUGGGGAGUGGUCUGCAUGUUUGCCCUCCUAUUUUGCUGCUACAGAAAAAGACCAAUCCUCCAGCGAUGAAAGCUGGGAGACUCUGCCAGGCAGGGAGGAACGUGAACCUGAAGUGCAGAGCAACAGCAGUGGCCUAGAAGAGGAAAACACAGACUUCUGUUUCCAAGGCGGACUACUUGAUGAAUUUGGUGAUGGCCUAGGAGUUGCUCAAGCCAUUUCUUAUGUGGAUCCUCAGUUUCUCACAUAUAUGGCACUGGAGGAGCGUUUGGCACAGGCCAUGGAGACUGCUUUGGCACAUCUGGAGUCUCUUGCAGUUGAUGUUGAGCAAGCUCAUCCACCAGCCAGCAAAGAAAGCAUAGACUGUCUGCCACAGAUUAUUAUUACAGAAAAUCACAAUGCGGUUGGUCAGGAGCAGUGUUGUGCUAUCUGUUGCAGUGAGUAUGUGAAAGAUGAAAUAAUAACUGAGCUGCCCUGUCACCAUUUCUUUCACAAACCCUGUGUAACACUUUGGUUACAGAAGUCUGGAACAUGCCCAGUGUGUCGUCAUGUGCUUGCACCUGUACUCCCUGAAGCAGCAGCUGCUGCUACUUCCUUUCUCUCUGAUCAUGAUUCCCCUCCUUCAGUCCACAGUGCUGCAGGAACACAAUAAAAUUAACCUCUGGAAUGAGAUGUUGCCCCAGCAAACUAAAAAUGUAAAUUUCUUCUGUUUUAAUUACAAUGUGAAAACAAUUAUAUAUAAAAUAUAUUCUAUAUAAAUGCUAUAUAUAGUAUAUAUUUUAGUUUAGAAAGAGAAUGUAAGACUUUCUAAACUGUUUAGAUUUACAAUAAUAGCUAACAUUUUCAAACUGAAAGUUAGAAAAAUUUGCAUCAGUUUUCUGCAGUAGAACACUUUGCUGUUAACUGUAAUAUCUAAAGCUUGUAUUACGUUAAAUUUGUCAAAAGAAUGAUCAUUAAUGUGGCACUUUAUGUGUUCAAGUUCUUGCAACUGCAGUGCAGUUGGAGCUUAUUAAAGUUAUGCUUAUAACCUGUUUUACAUAAUAUAACUGAACAAUGUGGUUUUUUUGUUUUUGUCAAAGAUAGUGGCACCAAGUGACUUUGUAAUUGAUCUCUCAUAUUUGCAUCAAAUGUGAAGACGUUCUGUGAUCACAGCAGUAGUAAAAUUUGGUUUCACUGGAAAUAAACUGCAUAAUAAUAUA